GCGGCGCGCGCUGGAGGGCUGUAAGAGCGGGAGGCAGAGUCUUUCCUCUCGGUCUUCACGACUAAGCCCUACGGAAGUGGAUGGCGGGAGAAGGUCAUGAAGGUAAUCGCUACCUUUAAGCUGGAUUUGGGCGGCUGUUACCGCAGAAGGAGCGCGCCCUGCCCAUCAAUUAUUCAUCCGUUGAGGAAGCGGUGGCAAACGGCGGCACGGCACGUGGCUCCGCACAUCCUCCGUUCUGCAAGCAGCCAUCGGCAAGUCAUGUCCCAUUGUGAGGGCACUUCAAGAAGAGCUGGAGAAGAGGACCAAGGAGGAUGAAGGAGGGAGACGGGCCGGACGAGUCAGAGGAGGAUUAUAAUGAAGUUGAGUGGCAAAGGAGCGUGCGCCGUCGUCUCCAGCAGCCUGCUAUUCGCGUGCGCCGUGAGCGCAGCAGUGGUGGGGUUCGAGUGUCUCUCUCUGGGAGCCAAAGUAAAAGCGCACUUCCAACUGAGCGCGGCUGCUGGUGCGUUUUACUCGGGAAUCCUGCUCGGACUUGGACAGUCACUGCUGGCCAUUGCGUUGCUCUGCUGCAGGGGCAAAGCUGCGUGUCGCAAUUUUUUCCUCUUUGGGCUUCUUGUGUUCCUGCUCGGCGUGCUCACUGCGUUCUCGGGCGCGGUGGUAGACGGAGACGCCGUGUCACUCGUGGAGCGGAAGUACUCGCGCUACUGCCUGGACACAUUGGAUGUACCUGCGGCGUGCGGGCGCCUCAAGGAUUACCAGCGCGGCCUGGUGGCGUCCACCGUGCUUAACGCGCUCGAGUGCCUCAUUGGGCUUGUAAACCUGGUGGUCAUCAAGCGGUACCAGGCGGCUCAGGUUUACCGGAGGCGCAGAGCGCACAGGCGCAGCGCGCGCGAGGUCUUGCUUGUCGAGGAGCGCGAGCUCACAGUGGCCGCCAACUUUCGGUCGGUCUCCUAUAUCAGCUUAGCGGCGUGCGGCUCCCAGGCGCGCGAGGACGGUGCAGAGGCGCGGAAAAGCGGUCAUCCGUCUAUCGAACUACCGGGCUACGUGCCUUCCCAAAACGAGCUCCACCACGUGUACGGUUUCUCAUAUCCGCCAGCUAACGACUCACCGCCGGCCUACGAGGACAUAUUCCCCGGAGAAAGGAGGAACAAAGCGUUUGAGUGUUAAAACAGAGAGAAAGUUACAAAACCACAUCUCUAAUCUGCAGUGACAAUCACUGGCCCCGGACAUCAGACGCACACGCGUCCCUUUCUCGGCUAAAUAAUAAGCAGAAUGUAUUAACGCAUUGCUCCCUUUGUCAUAGGAAGUGGGCAAGUAAGUACAUGCUACACUCAGUGAACUGCCUGUAGGAAAACUGAACUAAAAUGGUAAGAUAUAUAUUCAGAUUAUAAAUAUAAAGGCCUGGUGACUUUUUAACA